AACCACAAAGGAAGCAAGGGAAGAAGAGAGGACAGAUAGAUCCUAAGCAAUUCAUGGCGAGAGGGAUUAGAGAUUGUUUCUGCCAAGUGCUUCGUGUGCUGAAGCCAUCACUGUUUGCGGAGGAGGACAAGAUUGACGAGGAAGUCACAUGGGCAAAAGUUCAUGUGCAAUCUGACACGGACUCUUGUGGGGUGCAUGUGUUGAGCUGGUUACAAACAUGGGACGGCACUGAGUAUGGUGAUGACGGCUACACAAUGCCUAAGUACUCCCCUGAAGAAAUCCAUGACUUGAAGGUUGGAUGCUUGUGGUGGCUCGUGACUCAUCGGAACAACCUGCAUGGCGAUGAAGUGCUGUCUUUGCUGCGAGGAAACCCCCAAAGCAAGAGGAAGAAAUAAAUGACAAGCAUAUAUUGUAUUUACAUUUAUUUAUUUGACAGCAUAGUGACAUCUG